AUGUUGCCGCCGCCGCCGCGGGACCCGCGGCUUCCCGGGCCGCCCGGCGCGCUGCCGCCGCCGCCGCGGGCUCCCGGCGCGCCCCGGAGCUGGGCCGGCGAGGACGCCUCUGGCCGCCGGCUGCUCGCCCUGGGGCUCCGGCUGACAGACCUGAUCCCGCUGCUGCCGCUGGCGCUGCUCACACGGCGGGCGCUGCUGCCGCUGCGGCCGCGGCCGCUGCCGGGGAGUCAGACCCUGCGCCUUCCAUUGCCACAUUGCGCGGGAGUCCCGAGGUCUCUGCGGCCGCCGCUGCCCACAUCCAGGUCCCGGGGAGGCGAGAGCCGGCGCGCCGAGCCGGCCGGUCUUCCGGGCGCUCGCGUGGCGCUCCUCGCGGUCCCCGACUCCCCCUGCCCGCCCCCCGCCCCGCGCCGCGACCCCUUCACUGCAGAGCGCGCCCGCGAGUCCCCGCCGCUCCCGCCGGCCUCGCCGGCUCCCUCGGCGCCUCCCGAGUCGCCCGAGCGGCCGCGGAGGGCGAGCGCAGAGCCGCCGCCGCCGGGUCGGUGGGCGCCCGGAGGGUCUCAGCGCUGCCGGGCAGGGGCCGCCGCCGCCGCCGCUGCUCCCACGGCUGCCGCUGCUGCUGCUGCUGGCGGCUCCUGAUGCUGCUGCUCGGGCUGCUCGGGCUCUGGCUGCUGGGUUCGCGGUGGCUGCUCGAUCCCGGACUCUGCUUUCUUGUGCUCCUCGCCGACCCCCUGGACCAUUCUGCCCCCGCGCAGCGCGCCUCUCUCGCUCCCGGGACCUGGGGACUCCGCUCUGUGUGUGUGCAGCGGGCAGCGGCCGCAGCAGCUCCUUGAUUCAAUAGAUGAGAUGGAAGAAGAAAAAAAAGAACUCUCUCCAUUUGGAGAAAGAGGAGGAGGGGAGGGGGUGGAGGGGGAGCGAGCGAGCGAAAGAGAAAAAGGCUGGAGCUCCCGCCCCUGGGGCUGUCAGAUGGCUUGGGUUUCUGCGACGCGAUUGGCUCACGGAGGGCAGAAAUUACUCAGCAAACAUGACUAUUAUUAGCUGCUUAGCAACAGCUCACCAAAGUAGAGAGACCACCCAGAAACGGCGUUGAACCGCAGAGGGACCCGCGGCAAAAAGAAGGCGACCGCAGCCGUGAAAUGGGGCCGUGUGGCUUUAAGAUGCACACGGUGUGUGUUCAUUGAAAAAAAAAAAAAAACGAAGAAAGGAAAGAAAGAAACCCAGAUGGAGAAAGGGGGAGGAGCGGGGGGGGAGGGCGGAGCUCGCGCGGCCACGUGACCGGGACCGGCGGCGCGCGCCCGGCCGCCGGGAGGUCUCCAGCGCGCGCGCGCGCCCCCGAGUGCACGCGCCCGGGCUCCCGGCCUCCCCGCGCGCCCGGCGGGAGCAGGGAGGGAAGCCGGGGCGCUGGCUCUCCCCGCGGCGGGCUCCACUUCCCAAGCCGCCUCCCCGGAGCCCAGGCGAGGCGCGCCCCCGCCGGCGCGGACAGACGUGCCGGACGCGCCGUAGUACAUUCCUGGGGGCGGUCCGGCCCCCUGACGUCGCCCAAUGCCCGCCCGGCUUCCCCGCGGCCAGCCAAUGGCUAAGCGCGCGGGGCCCCUUUCCAUUCAGCCGCCCCGCGGCCGCGGCCGCAGAGGGACUGCAGCGCUGCCAACCGGCCACCGGGUGGGCCCACGCGGCUCCCGUGGGGGGCCUGUCGGCUAGCCCUCUCCGCCCUCUUCAGAGGUCCCCCUCCCUCCUUUCCCUCUCCCUUCUUUUUUCCUCUCCUCCUCCUCCCCUGUGCUCUCUCCUCCCUGCCCAGCCUCACUGCAUUCCCUCCUGCUUUUUUUGCUUCCUGCUCUCCCUGGGAGAUCCUGCCCCCUGGGUCUCGAACCGGCAUAACGUUUGCGGUUCGCCGGGCCGGGUAGAGUGACCUAUAGAAUAAAGACAAAGAGGAAAAAGUUCGGGGGGGAUUCACGGGAUCAGGAGGAGGACCGGAGGACCCGGACAGCGCGGAAAUUCAAAAGUCAGAACUCCAAGGGAGCACGUGCUUUUGUGUGCUGUCCUGGGAAGGGCUGCUGAAAUGCAGAAGGGAAGAGGAGCACUGUCCAAUGAAAAUGAUACUUCGUACUUAAUAAA